UGGAGGACAUAAUGACCUGUGAUAUACCAGGAGACGACGUCUUCAAUGUGGAAGAGGAGGCAGUUCCUCCUGUAGAUGUAACGUUCGACAGAAGGCAUAGUCUGAGCAGACUGAACCUCCAUCCUCAGUUCUACAGUAAUGAGGACAACCAAUCAGUGCCCUCUGUACCUGAGAUCCAAGUGGAGAGUCACAACUUCCUGACACCUGACUGUGAGAAAAUGGACUACUACAAGGAGGUUACUGACAAAAUCAUGCAUGCACCAAGUGUGAGUGACGUGUGGAGCAUCAUGCCUGGAGGGGACAAAUCAGGGAACAUCCUCCCCCAGACCUCCACCUUCUCUGCGGCUGUUGCUGCCUCAUCUCACUGCUUCCUGGAGCUGGAGCCCUUACAGAGGGCAUUCGACCCUCCGCCGCUUGAGGAUUCAGUGGAAUGUUUCCGCCGGGACUCCCAGGAUGCAGUGGACCAACCGGAGAUCCUGACCUCCUGUGCCCUCACUGAGACCACCCAGGAUCUGCUCUCUGAUCUUCACCAGACCUUCUGCUUCCUGGAGGAGCUGGGAGACACAGGGUCCAGUGGCCCAGAGACAGAGAGAGGCUCUACCCUGGUGGGGGAGCAAGACAGUGGGGCUUCCGGGAGGUACAUCAGGCCCUUUUCUCUCCAGGACUCCUCUCUGCUCAUCCCCCUGCGGAGGUCCACACGCUCCAGACAGCUACAUGUUCCUGGAGUGUCUUUGUCCCCUAGGACUAGCCCCAGCUGCACCCCCCAGCUCAGCCCCUCCUCGGCCCUAGAGACAUCCAGGGACAGGUUACCUGGAGGGGGGAAGGCCUCGCACAAGGAGGAUGCAUCAUGCUUCAGAAGCACCCCAGAGGAUAGGCUAGGCCACUGUAAGCUGGGCAGCUGGUGGAAACAAGCCCUGGAGACCCGGAGGGCAUCCACUGGCCUACUCCCUGCCAUAGAGCAGGUGUCCACCAUCUCACGAGAAAAGAGGGCCUCUCUCAUCCCAGGGCAACUCUACUCCCACAGUACGAUCAACUUCCAGGAGUCUCCGGCCAAGCAGCGAGGAGACAAGUGGGAGGUCAAACAGGCGGAGAAAGAGGAGCUGAUGGAACGGAGGGGCUCUGGGAAGUUGCCCCACCAGCGAGUGGAGCAGGGCGUGGUGAGCCAUAGGGGAGCCAGAGUGAAGAAGGGCAAACGGGUGAAGAAGGCAUGAGGACAUCCCGUUACACAUCUAUACUGUCGUUCUGUAGAGUGACGAACAAUCAGUGUAUGUGUGUAAGAUCUAAAUUGACAAAAUCCUGUAUGGUAUUACUGUUGUGCUACACUUCAAACCACUGUAAAUUUAGUCAGGUGCAGACUGUUAUUAAAUGUUUUUUA